UAUAUGACAUUUGAAAGCCGUCUGAGUCAAGCCACGUUUUGAUUGAAUUGCACAACGUCAGAGCUAAUUUCUGCAUUGGUUUGACCUGUAGGAAAUUUUUUAAAUAAAGUAAAACCAAUCAAAAUGGUGUUGGAUUUAGAUUUAUUCCGUAAAGAUAAGGGCGGCGAUCCCGAUAAAAUUCGUGAAAAUCAAAAGUUACGUUUCAAAGAUCUGAAUUUGGUGGAAACCGUGAUUUCAACCGACGGUGAAUGGCGAAAAUGUGUAUCGAAUCGUGAUAAUUUAAAUAAAUUGAAAAAUCGAUGCAGCAAAGAGGUGGGCGAAAAAAUGAAGAAGAAACAAGAGCCUGGCGAUGAAAAUGAACCCGUACCGGAAGAUAUUACAUCGGAUUUGGAGAAUGUGACCGGCGAUCGAUUGAAAGAGCUAACAAUCAAUCAAAUUAAAAAGGCCCGAUUACUCAUCGAUACGGCUCUUGUUAAUACCGAAGCAAAAAUUGUCGAAUUGGAAAGCACGAGAAAUACGGCAUUGCGGGAAGUUGGCAAUCAUUUACAUCCCAGUGUACCGGUCAGCGAUAACGAAGAUGAAAACAAAGUAGAACGCACCUUUGGCGAUUGUUCAACGAGUGGAAAAUAUUCACAUGUUGAUUUGAUUGCUAUGAUUGACGGAAUGAAUGGCGAAAAAGGAACCGUUGUCUCAGGUGGACGUGGUUAUUUCUUAACCGGACCAGCAGUGUUCCUUGAACAAGCUCUCAUACAAUUUGCAUUGCAUUCGUUGUACGACAAAGGAUACACUCCAUUGUAUACUCCAUUUUUCAUGCGAAAAGAGGUUAUGCAAGAGGUCGCUCAGUUAUCUCAAUUCGAUGAUGAAUUAUAUAAAGUCAUUGGAAAGGGAGGCGAAAAAGGCGAAUCUGAUGAAAAAUAUUUGAUUGCCACUUCUGAACAACCAAUUGCUGCCUACCAUCGUGACGAAUGGAUUCCAGAAGGAUCACUGCCAAUCAAAUAUGCUGGACUCUCAACGUGUUUCCGUCAAGAAGUUGGCUCACAUGGCCGUGAUACUCGUGGUAUUUUCCGUGUCCAUCAAUUUGAAAAGAUCGAACAAUUCGUGUUGACCUCACCGCAUGACAAUAAAUCAUGGGAAAUGAUGGACGAAAUGAUUUCAAAUGCCGAACACUUUUGCCAAGCACUUGAAAUUCCAUAUCGUAUCGUUAACAUUGUGUCGGGCGCAUUGAAUCAUGCCGCCUCAAAGAAGCUCGACUUGGAAGCAUGGUUUGCCGGUUCAGGUGCUUUCCGUGAAUUAGUUUCGUGUAGUAAUUGUUUGGAUUAUCAAGCUCGUCGCUUGCUGGUUCGCUAUGGACAAACAAAGAAAAUGAACGCCAGCGCUGAAUUCGUUCACAUGUUGAAUGCAACAAUGUGCGCAACAACUCGUGUCAUCUGUGCUAUUUUGGAAACGCAUCAAACGGAGACUGGCGUCAAAGUACCAGCAGUAUUGAAAAAAUACAUGCCAGAAAAAUAUCAAAAUGAAAUUCCAUUCGUUAAACCAGCUCCAAUUGAUUUAGAAGCUGCUGCCGCUGCCGCUAAGAAAAAUAAGAACAAAAAAUAAACAAACAAUGUUAUCGCGACAAAA